AUGGAUGCACCAACGCCGUCCGACGCCGUUGUGGCAGCUUCGACACCUACUGUGGUUGUGCACCACUUGGAAGACUCUCGGUCUCAACGAGUAUUAUGGCUAUUAGAAGAGUUGAAUGUACCAUAUGAGGUAAAGAAGUAUAAAAGGACGCCUCAGAGGCUCGCCCCCAAGGAACUUCUUGAUGUGCACCCCCUUGGAAAGUCUCCCGUCAUUACCGAUGGUGCAGUGACACUGGCAGAGAGCGGUGCUAUCGUAGAAUAUCUCAUCAAGAAAUAUGGGGCUGGAAAGGUAGACGUGAGCGAAUCGGGGUGGAUAGACGACCUGUAUUUUACCCACUAUUCCGAGGGAUCUGUGCAACCUCUGCUUGUCCGCCGACUAGUGUUUAGGCUGCUUCCCCAGCGUGUUCCAGCGCUCAUUCGGCCUAUUGUCAAAAACGUACUUACCAAAGCCGACAGUUUGAUGAAUGGUCCAGACCUUAGAAAGCAUGGAGAUCUGAUUGAGAAACACCUAGAGAAGAAUAAAGUGUGGUUUGCUGGUGGCGACAAUCCAACUGCUUCGGAUUACAUGAUGGGAUUUACCCUUGAGAUACUCGUAAAUCGUGCUCCGGAGGUUGCUGGCCCCAAGACUAUUGAAUACGUUCGCCGGAUGCAGGCAAGGCCUGCGUAUAAAAGGGCCCUCGAAAAAGGGGGUGAAUACGCUUAUAUCCUGCCAUAG